CAGUGGGUGUACUUACGCUGGUCAAACAAACAAUUACAGGCAAAUUAAACUGAUUGGAUAUGGGAUAUUAAAAACCAACUGAAAAAACAUCUUGGAGGAAAGUGAAAAUAUAUGGUUUGUAGUAUUUGCUCAGCUGUGACAGUUCAUUUGCAUGUUCUAUUUGUAUCUCUGUAACCACCCUGUUUUUUUCCUGUACCGUCUCGCUCAAAAAACAUUUCUGCUUUUAUCGGUUCGUUGUUACUUCUCGUUACAUUUCAGAUACAGAAUGGCAUCCCAAGGCUGUAUAGGUCUCAUCAAAUAUUUCCUAUUUCUUUUCAAUCUCCUUUUUUUCUGUGCGGGCGCCCUCCUGCUGUCACUUGGGAUAUGGAUAGUCCUUGCUGAGACAAGCUUCUUCAUGCCUGCCCCUCCCUAUAUGUCUUUAUCUGUCUUCUCCUAUUUUCUGGUCAUUGGUGGAAGUGCGACGAUGUCGUUGGGCUUCAUCGGGUGUCUGGGUGCAUUGAAGGAGGUGAAAUGCAUGUUAGGAAUGUAUUUCUUCUUGCUCUCCAUCCUUCUUGCUGCUCAGAUUGUGGGAGCGGUUCUGCUCUUCACUCAGAGGACUUCACUUGAGAGCAAAGUCGAAGAGCAUGUCCUGCAUCUCAUUGCAUCAUUUGGCAAGAACGAAUCCAACUAUCUGAAUUUGGAAAAGACUCUGGACUACGUGCAGCAGGAGAUUCAUUGUUGUGGAUGGACAGGACCAAGCAUCUGGUUGGAGGCACCCUGCUCCUGUUACCACCCCAUCAAUAACACCCAGAAUGCCUCAAAUUCUUCUGAAAUGUGUGACUGCAAUGACAUCCGGUCUUUUUCAAAUUACACAAUGUGUGACAUCUAUCAAAAAGGGUGCAGAGAGAGUAUUAGAGAGUGGUUGGACGAGAAUAUGCUCAUUAUUUUUGCCGUGCUACUUGCUGUGAUGACGGUGGAG